AUGGGCGGGGCCGGUCCAGUGGGUGAUGGCGGCAGCGUUCCCGCCCCCAGGCCACGCGGCGGGCAGAGCAGGGCCCUAACGGCCCCAGACCCUAACGGUCCCACCCGUCCCAGGUCGCACGGGCUGCAGGUCGCACGGGAUCCCCACUGCUCCGCGGGGCUCGCUCCAGGCGCUGGCGGGAAGGCGGGAGACAAGGAAGCUGUGCUUGCCGAGGAAGCGUGGGAGAGUCGUUCAUUCACAACGCCCGAGAAAAGGGAGGGUAAGAAGAUGGCAAAGAAACACAGAGUGACCCCGUCGCUGGUCUUCGCUGUCACUGUGGCUGCAAUCGGCUCGUUCCAGUUCGGCUACAACACUGGGGUCAUCAAUGCUCCCGAGGACAUCAUAACAGAUUUUGUGAACAGCACCUUGUCGCAGAGGCUGAAGGAGCCUCCCAGCAAGGGGCUGCUGACCACCCUCUGGUCCUUGUCCGUGGCCAUCUUCUCCGUGGGCGGGAUGAUCGGCUCCUUUUCCGUGGGACUCUUUGUCAACCGCUUUGGCAGGCGCAACUCCAUGCUCAUGGUCAACCUCGUGGUCGUCGCCGGCGGCUGCCUUAUGGCUUUCUGCAAGGUGGCCCAGUCCGUGGAGAUGCUGAUCCUGGGCCGCUUGAUCACGGGCAUCUUCUGCGGGCUCUGCACGGGGUUUGUGCCCAUGUACAUCGGAGAGGUGUCUCCCACCACCCUGCGGGGCGCCUUUGGCACCCUCAACCAGCUGGGCAUCGUCAUCGGGAUUCUGGUGGCUCAGAUCUUCGGCCUGCCGUUCAUCCUGGGGUCUGAGGAGCUCUGGCCGAUGCUGCUGGGCUUCACCAUCAUCCCGGCCGUCAUACAAAGCCUGGCGCUUCCUCUGUGCCCCGAGAGUCCCAGAUUCUUGCUCAUCAACAGGAAGGAGGAGGAGCGCGCUACUAAGAUUCUGCAGCGGCUGUGGGGCUCCCAGGACGUGUCCCCGGACAUCCAGGAGAUGAAGGACGAGAGCUUGCGCAUGAGCCAGGAGAAGAAAGUCACCGUGCUGGAGCUCUUCCGGUCCCGCAGCUACCGGCAGCCCAUCCUCAUCUCCAUCAUGCUGCAGCUGUCCCAGCAGCUCUCGGGGAUCAAUGCCGUCUUCUAUUACUCAACGGGAAUCUUCCAGGAUGCCGGCGUCCAGAAGCCAAUCUACGCCACCAUUGGCGCGGGCGUGGUUAACACCAUCUUCACCGUGGUGUCCGUGUUUCUGGUGGAAAGGGUAGGAAGAAGGAGUUUGCACCUGAUCGGCCUUGGCGGCAUGGCUGUUUGCUCCAUCGUCAUGACGGUGUCUCUGUUACUGAAGGACGACUACAGUUACAUGAGCUAUAUCUGCAUCGUGGCGAUCUUGGUCUACGUGGCCUUCUUUGAGAUUGGACCGGGCCCCAUCCCCUGGUUUAUUGUGGCCGAACUCUUCAGCCAGGGCCCCCGCCCGGCCGCCAUGGCUGUGGCUGGUUGUUCUAACUGGACCUCCAACUUUUUGGUUGGACUGCUCUUCCCCACAGCUGCAGCCUCUUUGAAAGCCUACGUUUUCAUCAUCUUUGCCGUCUUCCUUAUUAUCUUCUGGCUGUUCACCUUCUUCAAAGUCCCCGAGACCCGAGGCAGGACUUUUGAGGACAUCACUCGGGGCUUCGAAGGGCGAGGCCAGGAUACCCAGAGGUCCCAGAAGAGCCCAGCCAUGGAGCUGAACAGCCUGCAGCCCGGGAAGCAACCGGCCGCCAGGGUCUAGGCCACGCCAGCCAGGACCGCCCACAGCGACCCCCUCCUGGGGGACCCCUCCCCCAACGAACCCAGGACUGACCGCUCCAGUGCUGCUGCCCGAGCCUGUCUCGCCCUCAGCAAGCCCUGGCUCGGCCAGUGCCCGGGCUCCUUGAGCGCCUCACUGCUUGGACCUUCUCCUGUGGCCACGGCCAGGUGGCCGCACCUCACCCCGGGCCACGCGCGGCCCUCUAAUGCCCUGAGCGCCAGCUCUGCUCCGGCACCAGGGAGAUCUGCGGACUCCUCGCCUCACGGUUCUCAAAGUCACUUGGGUUGUGUAUUUAUUUUAUCUUCUGGUUUUAUUGCAUAAAUAUUUAUUUUUUUAAGUGAAAAUUUUACCAAAUAGCGAAGACUGCAAGCAAAUGGAGGUGAGAGGGAGGUGUGCAAAGAAAGGUUGCAGGUAAAGCAGGUUUGCUAGCAGAGCGGUUAUGGUGUGAGAAGGCAGGACUCAGGGAGAAAAAGGGGUGCGGUGUGGUCCCCCAGGUGGGCCCCUGGCUCCGCGCGACGUCUGCGUCUCACAGGAGACUCCUUACACUUCAUUUCAGGAAAGUCCCGUGCCUGUGUCAAAAAACUACUGGUUUCCUUUGGAAGUUUGCUUUAAGAUUAUAGUUUAUGUAGAGUAUUACUUGAAAGCUGGGGUUGUUACUAAGACGGGCAUCGUGACAGAGCAGCGGGCGGAGUCCGGGGAAGGGAGGGUGUGGGGACCCUCCCUGGACCCAGCCCUCCUCCCCCUGGUGGACUCCCUUGUCCUGUAGUCCCCACGCCCCACACCCCUGAGGCCGAGCCCUCCAGGGAGAACCCAACGUACUGGUCCUCAGUAGCGCUUCGGCGGUUCUCCACUUCGUUCUGUAUUUUAUCUGUUGAUUUUUGACUUUUAACUCGUAGCUUUAAAGGAAUUCAGAGGAGAAUCCUCAUGGGUAGUUUUGGAAUUUGUGACCUCAGCUGUGGGAAAGGAUUUUUCCUGAACGAUCACUCCGUGCUUUAAGUGUGCUGUCACUAUAGGGUCAGGGCUUAACAGUCCGUGUCUGUUACCGUGCCAGGCCUCUCUUGUACCAUGUUACUGUGACGCCCACUGGGUGCCCUCAGGGACCUGAGUCCUCUGACGGACACGUGGGAGACAGCAGGGGUAAACGGCACCGAGAGCAGGGAAGGGUGCGUGCUGCUGACGCUUUGCUCUGGUGGAAGUAGUUCAAGGCCUACUUCCGGUGUUGCUGUCCCCGCCUUUUGGGCAGAAUGCUUCGGCCCAUCCCUGUGUGUAGAAGCAACACUGCCUCUGCUGGGUGGCAUUUGCACCCGGAACCUCUGAUUCACACUCCUCUGCUGUCCUUCCCUUGGGGAGCAGGGAUGGAAGGAGAGCCACCUCCCAGCAUCCCUCGGCCGAGGUGGAGGGGGAAGGGAAGAGGAGAGCGUGGGGUCAGCGGGGGCUCGGAAGGGGUCUGAGGGCUGUGGGGGGAGGAGGUAAACUUUCUAACUGGAGGGUUCAGACAGCCGGGUGGCAGCAGGGCGUCUCCGCAGUCAUCUCCCUCCCAGCCCUCUUACCCCACCUCCUUCCUGCUCACAGGUUACUCUGUCUCCCUUCCCCUCCUUGGUGCUCACACGUCUCAGACCCUCCAGGCAGAGGACAGUGUUCCAGUCCUUGGUUCCCACUAUUCCCGGGUGCACUGUAGCUAGGGAGGGAGGCUUUGUUGCGAAAGGUGACUUUUCCCUCACGCUGGGCCUCUCCUGCCUGGGCGGCAAUGCAGGGUAGAGUCCCCAUUUCUCAGUGACCAGGUUGUAAAUAUUUCCACACGGAUUUUCUACUAUUAAUGUUACAUUACUGUGGUUCUUGGUUUUGAAAUAAAAGUUCUAAAUGCACAUA